AUGGGGUCACAGCGCAGGAGCACAGGAUCUGAUGACCAGGGGUCACAGAGCAGGAGCACAGGAUCAGAUGACCAGGGGUCACAGCGCAAAAGCACAGGAUCAGAUGACCAGGGGUCACUGAGGAGGAGCACAGAAUCAGUUGACCAGGAGACACAGAGAAGGAGCACAGGAUCAGAUGACCAGAGGUCACAGAGCAGGAGCACAGGAUCAGAUGACCAGGUGUCACAGAGCAGGAGCACAGGAUCUGAUGACCAGGUGUCACAGAACAGGAGCACAGGAUCUGAUGACCAGGGGCCACAGAGCAGGAGCACAGGAUCAGAUGACCAGAGGUCACAGAGCAGGAGCACAGGAUCAGAUGACCAGGGUUCACAGCGCAGGAGCACAGGAUCUGAUGACCAGGUGUCACAGAGCAGUGGCACAGGAUCAGAUGACUAG